AUGGUACAAAUGGCAGAACCAAUCGCUGAAUAUACUGAAAGGUUGAAACCUUACAGUGAAAACGUUUCCACAUUGUCUGUAGAAGAACGGAAAUUGAAAUAUUUAGUGAAUAAUCUAAAUGAGGAUCAAAAAUUGGAAUCGAAACAGAAAGAUAUAAACAAUACUGAAAAGAGAUUGAAAGAACUGUUAUCUAUUAGUCCUCUGUUCAGACACUUUAUCGAAAAUAAAGCCAAUGAAGAUCCUACUUUUAAGUCAAUUUUGGAUGAUUUGGAUAAAAAGAGUAAUGUUGUGAGUACUACAAGAAAGAGAAAGACAGAAAGAGAAGAAGAUGCAGAAUUAUUAAUGGAAGAAGAACACGAAGAAAACGAUGAGGACAAUAUCGAAUUUGAAUUUAGAGAAUCUCCAGGUUAUGUUGAUGGCCAACUAAGACCAUAUCAAAUCCAGGGUCUAAAUUGGCUGAUUUCUUUACAUAAUAAUGGUCUUUCAGGUAUCUUGGCAGAUGAGAUGGGUCUUGGUAAGACUUUACAAACUAUAUCCUUCCUAGGUUACUUGCGUUAUAUUAAAAACGUUAGUGGUCCAUUUCUAGUCAUUGCUCCUAAGUCUACUUUAAAUAAUUGGUUGAGAGAAAUUAAUAAAUGGACUCCAGAAGUUAAUGCUAUUGUCCUUCAAGGUGACAAAGAGGAAAGAGCACAUUUGAUUAAAGACAAGAUUAUGGAAUGUGAUUUUGAUGUAGUAAUUGCAUCAUACGAAAUUAUUAUAAGAGAGAAAGCUACAUUCAGAAAAUUUGAUUGGGAAUAUCUUAUCAUCGACGAGGCUCAUAGAAUUAAAAAUGAAGAAUCUAUGUUAUCACAAGUCCUAAGAGAAUUCAGAUCAAGAAAUAGACUGCUAAUCACAGGUACACCUCUACAAAACAAUCUACACGAAUUGUGGGCAUUGCUAAAUUUCUUAUUACCUGAUAUCUUUUCUAGUUCACAGGAUUUUGAUAGUUGGUUUUCUUCUGAAUCAACAUCUGAUGAUAAUCAAGACACAAUUGUGAGACAAUUGCAUACAGUAUUGAAACCUUUCUUAUUACGUCGUAUUAAGAAUGAUGUCGAAACGUCAUUAUUACCAAAACAAGAAUUGAAUGUUUACGUCGGUAUGUCUUCUAUGCAAAAGAAAUGGUAUAGACAAAUUCUAGAGAAAGAUAUAGAUGCAGUAAAUGGUACAAAUGCUACUGAAUCCAAGACAAGAUUAUUAAAUAUCGUUAUGCAAUUGAGAAAGUGUUGUAAUCAUCCUUAUUUAUUCGAUGGGGCGGAACCUGGUCCUCCAUAUACUACAGAUGAGCACCUGAUUUACAAUUCUGCAAAAUUGAAAGUCUUAGAUAGACUAUUGAAAAAAUUAAAGGCACAAGGAUCUAGAGUGUUGAUCUUCAGUCAAAUGUCCCGUUUGUUAGAUAUUCUGGAGGAUUAUUGUUUCUUCAGAGAAUAUAAAUAUUGUAGAAUCGAUGGUUCCACUGAUCAUGAAGAUAGAAUUAAGGCUAUUGAUGAUUAUAAUGCGCCAGACUCUGAUAAAUUCCUUUUCUUACUAACGACUCGUGCCGGUGGUUUAGGUAUCAAUUUAACAUCCGCAGACACAGUUGUCCUAUUUGAUUCAGACUGGAAUCCACAAGCCGAUUUACAAGCCAUGGACAGAGCUCAUCGUAUUGGUCAAAAGAAACAAGUAAGGGUAUUUAGAUUUGUUACUAAUAACUCCGUAGAGGAGAAGAUUAUCGAAAGAGCAACUCAAAAGUUGAGAUUAGAUAAAUUAGUUAUCCAACAAAAUAGAACAGCCUCUAAUAAGAAGAAAGAAGGUAAGAAUGACUCUAAGGAUGCAUUAUUAUCUAUGAUCCAACAUGGUGCUGCUGAUGUGUUUACUAGUAAUAGUAAUACCCCGAACGUAAGUGGUACACCCGAACCAAAUGCAGAAUCAAAUAUAUCUGAUAAUAAAUCAAAUGUAGACCCUGAUCCAGAGGUCGAUUUAGAUGCUAUUUUAUCAUUAUCUGAAAACAAAACACAAUCAUUGAAUAAGAAGUACGAUUCUCUUGGGUUAGAUGAUUUACAAAAAGUCAACCAAGAAUCAGCGUAUGAAUGGGAUGGUCAAAAUUUCAAGAAGCAAAAUGUCGAGAAACAAGUUAUUGAUCCACUAUGGCUUAUUACCAACACAUCUAGAAAGCGUGAACGUAAAGAAAACUAUUCUGUUGAUAAUUACUAUAAGGAUAUACUUUAUACAAAGAAAGUUGUAACUCCGUUACAACCAAGAAUGCCUAAACCACAUGUGUUUAGUACUCAUCAAAUGCAACGUCCGGAAUUGAAAGAUCUAUACGAAAGAGAAAGAAUGUACAUUGCAAAAAGGACUAAAUAUGUUCCAACUAUUGAUGAUAUUAAGGUGCUAGAUAAUGAAGACUUGUCAAUUGAUGAACAAAAAUUAAAACUGAAAGAAUUGAAGAAAAUUAUAGCUGCUGCAGAGCCUCUAACAGAAGAAGAAGAAAUGCAAAAGGCAGAAUGGGAGAAAGAAGGAUUCAGUAACUGGAAUAAGAUCGAUUUCAGAAAAUUUAUAUCCUUAUCGGGUAAGUACGGAAGGAAUUCCAUACAGGCUAUUGCUAUGGAAAUGGAAGGUAAUAAAACAUUCGAAGAAGUACAAGCAUAUGCCAAAGCAUUUUGGAUUAAUUAUAAAAGCAUUGAGGGAUACGAGAAAUUAAUUAAGAAUAUCGAAGAAGAUGAAGCAAAACUGAGACAUCUUAAAUACCAAGAAAAAUUAUUACAACGUAAACUGACUGAAUGCACUAAUCCAUUCUUUGAUUUUAAAUUAAAAUAUCCCCCUUCUACUAACAAUAAAAGAGUUUUUUCAGAGGAGGAAGAUAGAUUCUUAUUAAUAACAUUAUCGAAAUAUGGUCUGCAAAGAAAUGAUAUAUAUGAAGUCAUUAGAGAUGAAAUUCGUGAUUGUCCGAUGUUUGAAUUUAAUUUCUUCUUUUCAAGUAGAACACCGCUGGAGAUUAGUAGAAGAAUAUAUACCCUCUUACAAUGUUUGGAAAAGGAAGCUAAUCAACCCGUUAAAGAUGAAAUGAAGUCUAUCAAUAAGAAAAAGAGUGAAACAAUCUCUAAAACGAACAAAUCGAAUGGUAUAGAAACCACACGCGUUAGUAUUGAGGAUAUUAAAGAGGAGAUAGUUGAAAAUGAUGACAACGAAAAGAAGAGAUCAAUGGAUAAUAGAGUUGAUGCAACCAAAAAGGAUGAAUAUACGAAGGAAGAGAGUGAUCCAAAGAAGCCGAAAAUCGAGGCUUGA